GGACUAGUGCCAAUAUGAAGCUACUGCUGUUGCUACUGUCGGUUAAUAUUCUUAUUUUUUGCUUGGCUGAACGCCAGAGGUUCGACAACUACAAGGUCUAUAGAGUAAGUCCAGUGAAGGCGAAUCAACUGGAGGGACUGCGAUCUUUGGAGGCGAAUAGCGAGGAUGCUCUGGUCCUAAACAAUCUGCAUCUUGGGCCCACGGAUUUUCUGGUGGCGCCCGACUUCGAUGGAACCUUUCUGAAACUCGUCAAAGAUUUGGAUCUCUCGCCUGAACUCAUCGACGCGAAUGCCCAAACGAGUCUAUCGCUGGACAUAGAGCCCAUUGCGGAUGCUAAUCGGCGAAGUGAUGACUACUCAUGGAGUGAAUACCACGAACUUAACGACACGCAUCGCUGGAUGCAGAAUCUGGUGGGGAAGUAUCCGGAUGUCGUCAGUGUAUUUGUGGCGGGUCAGAGUUACGAGGGUCGUGAGCUGCUGGGCCUGAGGAUUAAUCAUAACGAUGGAAGAGCUGAGAAGCAAUCCAUAUUCUUGGAGGCCGGAAUGCAUGCUAGGGAAUGGAUUGGUCCUGCCACGGCCACCUACUUUGCUAACGAGCUACUCUCCUCUCAGCAGCAGGAGAUCAUGAAUCUAGCCAGAUCCUAUGUUUGGUACAUAUUGCCCCAUGCCAAUCCAGACGGUUAUGUCUACACCCACAAAACGAAUCGCAUGUGGCGCAAGACAAGGAGUCCGCAGGACAAGAACUGCGUUGGAACGGAUCCCAAUCGUAACUGGGACUUCCACUGGCGUGAGGUGGGAGCCAGUUCUGAUCCCUGCUCGGAGUCAUAUGCUGGACCCAAGGCGUUCUCCGAACCUGAAGUUCAGACUCUUUCUCAGUUUUUGAAAUCGGUGCCGGAACCCAUGUUCAUGUUCCUCUCGCUGCACUCCUUCUCCCAAUUGUUGCUAUAUCCCUAUGGACACACAUCCGCACUGCCGGAAAAUCAUAGGCAGUUGGAGCAGAUCUUCAAUACAGCCGUGGGUGCAAUGAAGCGGCGUUAUGGAACUCGGUACACUGGAGGAAAUGUGUACGAUGCCAUAUAUCCGGCAGCUGGUUCCAGUAUGGAUUGGGCUUAUGGGGUGCUCAACGUUAAGUACUCCUUUACCUACGAGCUACGACCGUCUGGGUAUAGUUUCUGGACAGGAUUUAGAUUGCCCGCCGCCCAAAUUAUACCAACGGGUCAGGAGACCACAGAUUCGUUGGUGGAAAUGAUUAAGGCUGCUGCUCAAAUCGAGGGUUACAAAAUUGAGUAGAAGAGAGAGCUUACGACGUUUUUGUUGAUAAGAUAUGAAUGAAAAGAUCUGUUACUUCUGAAAAAAACUAAACGUAAGCAUGUUUUGAUUAAAAAGAUAACUUGGACAAGCUGAUAAGAUGAAAAGUCCAAAUUGGCUUAAAAAGUUUUGGGUAAAAAAAAUGAUUUGAUUAUAUAUUAUCAAUUUUGCGGACUGAAAUGUUAGUUUGUGGAACAGAAUGACUUGUCAAAGUUAGAAUAUAAACAAAAGCUAGAGCUUAUAAAUUUGGUUUAAUGAUGAAUAUAACUAAUACUAAAAAUGUAAUUUAUAAAUUUCAAAUAUUAAGAC